AGCCUUGAAUCCGCUGGCAGCUGGAGACGAGCUGCUCGGAAAAAUGAUAUUUAGGAGGAAAUAAACCACAUUAAGUUUUAUCUUUUUAUUUUUUAGUAAAGCGAGGAGUUCAUUCGGAGCAUUUCCUGUUUUUGCUCGCAUCUGCUGCUGCCAACGUCCCCGAGCAUGCAGUGCGGCAGUCUGGUCGGCGACGUGCUGUCUCCAGAGUCGACCGUCUCCGCCCUGCUGUCCAGCUCGGGUCACCUGAGGAGCAGCCUGGUCCCUGAACGCAACGCCACCUUCACCUACAGAGACAAGGACUACACGUCGGCGUCCGAGGCGCUGGACGCCUACAUCGCAGACUUCGAGCAGAGUCAUGGGGCCGGUGAGUCGGCGGCGGGGCGGUUGGUGCUGCCGGGACGCCGCCACGCCGGGGCGACCGGACCGAGGACGGCGCCUCGCAACAGAGACGUUCUCAGGGAGCGGCUGACCGACAGGGAGCUGGACUUCCUGACUCUCCCCGUCAGCUCUCUCCGUCACCGUGGCAACCGGGACAGACUCUCCAUGACGACGGAGGAGCUGCUGUCCAUCCCGUGUGACGGAUCGAUGCCCGUCACUCACACCUCCGCCUUCCUCCGAGGCCCGCUGUCCCGCUCUGCAGACGCUCCUGGUUCCUCCUCCAGACUCAGGAGUCGUGUCGGGCUCAGCGGCGCCCCCUCUCUGGGCCGGGAGGACCCUGCAGCCAGAACCUGCUGGACGCCCAGGUCCAGAGGAGAAGCAGGAGGAGCCGCCAUGUUGAGACCAGACUGCCAUGUUUCUCACCUGAGCAGCUUUCAGGCUGCAGACGGGCACGUUGGGCUGGAGCGCCCCCUGCAGGCGGCGGCGGCGGCGGCGUCCUCGUCGCUGCACUUCCCUCGCUGGUUCACCAGCCACAAGUCGGAGAUGAACUUCUCCGGGGUCAGCAGCGUCCCGGAGCUGACCUACCCGACCUGGAUCCACAGCUGUGAGGACCACGAGCCGGGCGGGGUCAGAGCUCCGUCCUGGGUGGCCGAGCUGGACGAUGACGAGGCGACACACUCUGCUGCUGAGGCCGAGACUGAGCACCAGCAGACCCUCAGGGCCCUCAGGCUUCAGUUUGCAGAGCAGAUUUCUCUGGUGGCCUCAGACAGGAAGCAGUCGGACGUGAUGGACAGUCUGUUCAGAGACAACAAGCUGGAGAGUCUGAUCCACCAGGCCGAGUCGGUGCUGAACUCUCUGUCCGGCAGCCUGAGAGGAGGAGCGGACGGACUGCAGCCCCGACCCCCCACUCCUGGAAGUCCAGCCUCCUGCAGCUCGGUUCCCAUCAGCCCCGGCGGCAGCGAGGAGCCCGUCGGUGAGAAACGGCCCGCAGACGCCGAGGAGCCGCUGGACGCCCGGCGGUCCCGGGACAGUCGACCUCCCGCUCAGAACUGUCCAGAGGCAGCAGGGGGCGCCACAGCGUCUCUGACAGCCGGAGAGGCAGAGGCCGGAGGCUCCUGGUGCAGCAGCAGGAAGCUGCCCGGUCCCGUCGAGGCUCUGAAGCAGAUGAUGUUCAGGCUGCAGGCCGUGGAGGCCGAGCUGCAGCGACAGCAACACACACACCCUGCCUCAGCACACACACACCCUGCCGCAGCACACACACACCCUGCCUCAGCACACACACACCCUGCCGCAGCACACACACACACGCCGGGCCUGGACACACACACGCUGGACCUGGACACACACACGCUGGACACAGAGCGCACGGCGGCCCAGCAGUUUAGUUCACGUCACAAAGCGUCGCCUGAGUCCCAGCAGCCCGACUGUUCGUCUGGUGGAGCGUCGCUGCACAGAGCGCUGCAGCACCUGGAGACGCUCAGGAGCCUGGUGGACGAGGAGGGAGGAAGAGGAGGAGCAGGACCCCGAUGAAGAACUUUUUAAAACGUUUCCUGAGGCUUCAUCAGACUCUGCCAGAGACUGACUCAGCCAAUCAGGUGGCAGGAGGAAGGAUCGUGAACCUGACAGCUGCAGUGACAUCACUUCCUGUCAGAGGGAGGACAGGACUUUGACUCCCUCGGCCCAGACGGAGCUCCCAGAGUAAAGGCAACACGUUCAGAAACCAGCAGCAACAAACAGGAGCAGCUCAAGAAAAACCAAAAAGUCCUGGGUCCGUUUUUUUUUUUUUGUUUGUUUGUUUUUUUGGCUGUUGGGACUGGAAAGUAGAUCCGGCAGAUGCCGUCUGCAGGAAACUUCCAUAUUGUAUCCCUACACCAGGAAGAAACGGCCCAAUAGAACUUUCUUUCUCUCACACACACACACACACACACACACACACACACACACACACACGUAUUUGUGUAUUCAGUCAGAGAUUAGCCGCAGAUUGUUUGGACAUUUUGAGAUUUAAUUGGAAAAAAAAAACUUUUGUUACUUUUUGUUUCAAAGCAAAAACUUUGCGACGUGUUUGAAGGGUUUGGGUGAAUUUCUGUUGAUUUCCAGUUUUAUAUAAACUUAUAAAAAACCUCAAUGUGCAAAGAAAACACUUUACAUUUUAAUUAUCAUUAUUAAUGUUGCCCUUAUGUGAACCCUCUCUGAACUGUAAACAGAUUAUUUAUAGUCAUUAGUUCAUUAAUCAAGUAUUAAUUAACAGUCAGAAACUGAAGUGAUCAGUGUUUUUAUGACCAUUGAUGUUCAAUGUGAAGCCGUACAGUUGUUUUUUUUUUUUUUUGAGAACCUGAUUUAAAACAGUUUUUCACUCUGAUCCACUUUUCAGUCCAAUGAUACUGUUUUCUUGUAAUUUUUCUGCAAAUUAAACCGAUGUUCCAGUCUCUCGUUUUUGCUAAUUUCACCUUUUUCCCAGGAAAUUUAUUUCUUUCAAAAAUAGAAAAGUAAAAAGCAAGAAAUGAUGCAUAAGUUGGCAAAAAAGUUACAAUGACCAGAAAACUAACAACAAAAUAUUUUUCAUAAUGACAAAGUAUAUUUAUAAUUAAAGCUUUACUUCUUUUUAUUUUAACAUAAAGGUCAGAUCAGAUUGUUUCUGAAAGGCGGCUCAUGCAGCCCCGUCCAGGACCCCCGGGGGCCCCCGGACCCCGACUUUGAACACCUUCCCACCCAGACUGAAGUGAAGCUCGGAGCCGCUCAGUUUUGCUCACAUUUUAUUCAGAAGCUGUGAGAGACUUUCAGGUUACAAGGCAGAUGAAGACAACAGAUGGAUCGCAGGUUCCCCGCCUCAGCCUGGAGAACCAGAACCAGAACGGAGAACCAGAACCAGAACCCGAACCAGAACCCAGCCGAGGCCGGAGAACAGCCGACAGACAGGAGAGGAAGCAGAGACUCGGCUCAAACAGAAAGAUGACGAGGGAAGCGUCUCCAGGAUCAGAGUCCAAACAAACGAGAUGAGCUGCUUUUGAUUUUCCUGAUCGAAUCACAAAUCAGACGGAUCAUCAGGAUCAUCAGGAUCAGACGGAUCGCCGCUGAUGAUCCUGAUGAUCUGCUGAGAUGAUUUUCUCUGACCUGUUAAAUUGUUUACCGUGUCGGUGCUGUUGCUAGGCAGAUCUGUGGCUCAGAAAUAAACAAAUAAAUAUUCUGCACAUU